CAACAGGUGCCAUGGUUCGUAAUGGAUUUUUAUCACCAGCGGAAUCAGGUAAAUUUAUAAAUACUCGAGCACAACAUGUUCGCAUUCACGAAGAUGGUUUAGAAAAACUUUGUAAAGAGAUGUUCUCAUCUUUAAAAGAUAAUAAACUGCAGAUACCAGAUGCAGGAGCAGACACAAUUCACCCCAAUAAAGAUCAUCCACAUGCAGUUGACUGGAUAUUUGUGACGGAUUCUCUGAAUUUCUGUUUCUGGUCACAGAGUAAAGAAACACAAUGGACAGUUAAUGGACAUACUGGUUACUUUGCUUUAGAAGCUGCAUUAUACAGAGCUUUAAAGGAAGGAUAUGACAUCACAAACCCUGAGUAUUAUUCAAAGUUAACAGAAGAACAACUAUCACACAUAUUAAGAGGUGACACCAGUGCCAAAAUUCCAUUGUUCAAUGAACGAAUAUCUGUUCUACAUGAAGUUGGAAGUAUUUUGAUAAAUAAAUAUGAAGGAACAUUUUUGAACUGUGUGAAAGAAGCUGAUAAAUCAGCAUUAAAGCUAUUAGAGAUUGUUGUGAAUAACUUUCCAUGUUUUCGCGAUGAAGCCAUGUACAAGGAUCAAGGAGUUUCAUUCUACAAAAGGGCCCAAAUAUUGGUAGCAGAUUUGUGGAAUUUCUUUGAUGACACUCGAUGGGGAGAGUUCAGAGAUAUAGAUAAAAUGACAAUGUUCGCUGAUUACAGAGUGCCACAAGUUUUGGUUUAUUUUGGAGUUAUGAGUUACAGUGAUGAGCUGAUGGAGAAAUUAAAGAAAGAUCAUAUUCUUCCAAGUGGAUCAGAAGAAGAAAUAGAAAUAAGAGGGUGUUCAAUACAUGCCGUUGAAUUACUCAAACAGAAUUUACAGGAAUUGAUUACAAGGACUGGUCUAUGUGUUGAAGUUCCUAAUUCAAGUCUCAUAGAUUAUUAUCUAUGGUGCUAUAGAAGGAAACAUGCUAAAGAAAUGGAAGCAAUACCAUAUCACAAAACAUUAGGGAUAUUCUAUUGAUUAUUUAUUGUCUGUGAUUAUAUUCUUGACUUUUAUGUAUUUGUUACUAUUAAG